AUGAUUUCCAUGUUAUCCUUCAUCCUGAUGUUUUAUGCCCUGUACUGGGAAGCUGGCAACCUUGUUGAUCUUCCUGAGAAACGACUUGGUUUCUAUAACUUCUGCCUGUGGAAUGAGACGGCUCAAAAGCUACAGUGCCUGGCAUAUGCAGAUCUGGAAGGCAUUGCCGUCAAUGCGGAAAUAACAAAGUUAGCUGUUUUUUGUUCAUAUUCACCUAUUGUCUUCACCCUGUUCUAUGUUAUUUUCAUCUUAUUUGCAGAGCACCCUCUUGAAAGACAGCACAGGACGGCUGUUUGGAUUGUACCAUUGUCCAGCGCAACACUUCUGCUUGUUGCUCUUCUCUUGUUUUUGUCCCAAAUCUGGGAGCGGAUUUAUAUCUCUGACCUUAGCUGUGCGUUCCUAGCACUAGUUUUCGCUCUGAUCCUGAUGCUGCUUCAGACUCUCACUGCAUUUAAUUCCCUCAGGUCAGAAACACAUGAGGACUGA